AUGACUGAUCUGAGAGUAAUGUUUGCUCGUCUUAGCUUAUUUGAGGACGGUAGCUUGUUGGUUGAGCUUCAAUUUAAACCAGUGUGGAUUGAACAGAUUAAAAGUAAACAGUUGGAAGAUGAGUCAUUGGGUCUUCAGUUCCGUCAGAUUGAGAAUGGUAAUGCUGUGGAUUUUGGGCUGAAUAUUGAAGGGGUACUUUUUUUCAAAGGCAGAAUUUGCGUACCUAAGGAUGUUGAGUUGAGACACACUUUACUGCGAGAGAUGCAUAGUAGCCCCUAUGCAAUGCACCUAGGUGGAAAUAAGAUGUACAGAGAUCUCCAUGAGAUUUAUUGGUGGCCGGGUCUUAAGCAUGAGAUUAUCGACUGUGCGAGGAAAUGUCUGACUUGCCAACAGAAGUGGAAAAGAGUAACCAUUGACUUUGUGAUUGGGCUACCUCUAACGCCUUCUAAGAAAGAUUCAGUAUGGUUUAUUGUAGACCGAUUGACCAAAACUGCCCAGUUCAUACCAGUUUGCACAGAUUAUUCAUUGCAAAAACUGGCUAAGCUGUGUCACACUCUGUCAUGCUGGAUUGAAUUGGGUGAGCGACGUGCUCUAGGUCCUGAGUUUGUAUAUGAUACCGAAAAUAAGGUUAGAUUAAUUUGGGAUGGAUUGAAGGAGGCAUUAGACAGACAUAAGUCAUAUGCGGAUCUGAAGCGUAAGGAAAUUGGCUAUUCAGUGGGAGACUUUGUCUUUCUAAGGUCUCGCCAUGGAAGAAGGUGCUGA